UUUUGAUGACAUUUGAACUUGUACAUAUUUUUUUUUGUUGUCCUGCUAUGAGAACGGGUUUACCCCUCCAUUGAUGCUCAUCCACAACAAUGAGAGAUCCCCACCAUCCACAUGCCCCACCUCCGCUGCAUAAAACCCUCCAUCUCCUCUUCUCCUCCUCCUCAAUUAAAUCUACUUCUCUCGCCACCAUCCUUUCUCCCUUCUCUCCUCAAGUCGUGCGCCACUCAUGGCUUCCUCCUCUCUGGUCAUAUCGUCCAUACCCACCUCGUCAAAACCAACCUUCUCUCUCGUCCCCACAUUGCCACCGCCCUCCUAUCGCUCUAUGCUAAAUGUUCCUCCACCCCUUGCAAAGCCCACCAGUUGUUUGAUGAAAUGCGAGAGAGAUGCGUUGUUUCCUGGACUGCCCUCCUCUCAGCCCAUAAGCCGUCCGAAUCCUUGCCCCUCUUUAAGCAGAUGUGUCUUUCCGAUAGCAGUCCAAAUGCCAUAACUAUGGUAACCCUUCUCUCUAGCCUCGCCCACCACCAUUUCACUCUCCUCGAGUGCAUUCACUCCUUCAUAAUUCGAUCGGGUUUUUGUUCCGAUCUCCCAGUUUCUAACUCUCUCAUCAACAUUUACUCCAGGUGUGGAGACUUUGUUGCAUCUCGGAGAGUGUUUGAUGAAAUGCAUGAGAGAGACUUAGUCUCGUGGAACUCAAUAAUUUCGGGGUACUCGCAAAAUGGGGAUGUGGUAAAGGUCGCGGAGUUUUUGGUUUCUAUGCGAAUCAGAGGCAUGUGCCCUGAUUUGAGCACACUGGGGAGCUUAGCCUCUGCAAUUGGAGAUAUGGGCAGACUUGAUUGGGGCCGGUCGGUUCAUGCUCAGGUUUUAACUUGUGGUUUUGAAUCAGAUAUUCUUGUUGAGACUGCUCUGAUGGAUAUGUACUUGAGGUGUGGAGCCAUAGGCUUUGCUUCCAGUUUGUUUGAAAGGAUGACUGAAAGAGAUCUGGUUGCUUGGAAUUCAAUGAUUUCUGGUCUUGUGCAUAAUAGUCUCCCCAUUGAAGCUCUGCGUGUUUUCUAUCAGAUGCUAAAGUCUUGGGCUUCUUUUCCUUCUUCUGCCACUUUUGCUAGUGUUUUAGCAGCUUGUGCUCAAAUGGGUGCGAUCAAUCAGGGGAAGGCCAUUCAUGGCUACAUAACCAGGAGGGGGCUAUAUGUGGAUGUGGCUGCUGAGAAUUCUUUAGUGACCAUGUAUGCAAAAUGUGGUCUUCUGCAACAGAGUCGUCAAGUCUUUAACAGGAUAUCUGAAAGGAAUUUGGUCUCUUGGAAUGCUAUAGUUGUAGGUUAUGCUCAGAAUGGUCUAUUAGAGGAGGCAUUUACUUUGUUUUCACAGAUGACAUUGGUUCCUGUGAGGCCUGAUUCAAUCACCAUAGCUGCUCUCCUCCAAGCUUGUGCUUCUUUAGGGGCCCUUGACCAUGGAAAGUGGGUCCACAACUAUGUGAUCAGAAAUCCGUUUUGUUCAUGCAUCUCAGUGGGGACCGCUCUCAUUGAUAUGUACUCAAAAUGUGGCUCAAUCACCACAGCUCGUAAAUGUUUCGAAGCAAUGCCCCAACAUGAUGUAAUCUCAUGGACUGUUAUGAUUUCUGGUUAUGGAAGCCAUGGUAAAGGGCCAAUUGCCCUUGAAUUGUAUUCCGACAUGCUCAGAACAGGGACCAAACCCAACCAUGUCACCUUUUUAUCAGUCUUGUGUGCUUGCAGCCAUGCUGGACUGGUUAAGGAAGGCUUGGAACUGAUCCGCUCGAUGGUUGUAGAUUUUGGCAUCGAACCUGAGAUUGAACACUAUGCUUCCAUUAUCGAUCUUCUCAGUCGUGCAGGGAGAGUAGAGGAGGCAUAUGGGUUUCUCAAGAGCAUGAAGAGUGAACCGACAAUUGAGGUUCUAGGCAUUUUGCUCGGUGCUUGUAGAAAUAAUGGGAGAACAGAGCUUGCUGAGGUCAUCACAGAUGAAAUUCUUAGGCUGAGACCACAAGCGGCUGAGGCUUAUGUUCAAUUGGCUCAUGGGCAUGCUGCUUUAAGCCAAUGGGAUGGAAUGGCCGAGACUUUGGUGAAGAUGCGGGCCAUGGGACUGAAGAAGGUACCUGGCUGGAGUUUUGUACAGCUAAAUGGGACCAUAAAUACAUUUUUUGCAUAUCACACUUCACACCCUCAGUUUCAUGAGAUUAUGGUGGCAUUGAAGUUAUUGGAUUUUCAGAUGAGGGAGGAAAUAGUUCUUAUUUCAAGCCCUAACCUUUGAAUCCUCACACCUUACUUUCAAAGAGCAGGCCUUGUGUGAAGUUUCAAUGGAACUCGAGCUAUUACAAAGUGGAAGUUUUGUGGGCAACUCUCAAAAUAAUUUAGAUAGCAAACUAAUUAUUUUAUAAUGUCUUGGUUUUAUAAUAGUACAUGUGAAAUUAUCAAGGUUGAAAAUCAUCAAUGCAACAAUUCUUUAUCACCAAAUAGCUAAGCCUUUUUCUUUUUCUUUACUAUUUACGUAAUAUAGAAGAAGCAUAUUCUUUACUAUUCUACAUCCAGGCUUCUAAGGUGGUGGCUGAUGUCAUCUGAACAACUUUGGGACCUUGAUCCAUGUUGAAGAUGCUACUAGAUGCUGGAGGAGGUCCCUUACUUUUCUCUUGUUGGAUUGAUCUGUUUUAUUCCCUGAUAUGUGGCGUUAAAUGCAAUUGACAUGACUUUUUUGUGAGAUUUUCUGAAGUUAAAUGCAGUACCUUCUCUGGUGAUUAUUUUA